UUCCCUUAAAGCUCAUUUCAUCUUUCUUCAUAGUUUUGGGAGGUGAUCAGUGACGAGCAUGGAAUCGACCCAACAGGGACAUACCAUGGAGACAGCGACCUGCAGCUGGACAGGAUCAGCGUCUACUACAACGAGGCAACAGGUGGCAAAUAUGUCCCUAGAGCCAUCCUUGUCGAUCUGGAGCCAGGAACAAUGGACUCUGUCCGAUCUGGGCCCUUCGGACAGAUAUUCAGGCCCGACAACUUUGUAUUUGGACAAAGUGGUGCUGGCAACAACUGGGCUAAGGGCCACUACACAGAAGGAGCUGAGCUGGUAGACUCUGUGCUAGAUGUGGUGAGGAAAGAGGCAGAGAGCUGUGAUUGUCUUCAGGGCUUCCAGCUCACACAUUCCCUGGGUGGUGGUACCGGAUCUGGUAUGGGCACACUUCUCAUCAGCAAAAUCCGGGAAGAAUACCCUGACCGUAUCAUGAACACCUUCAGCGUUGUGCCCUCCCCCAAGGUGUCCGACACUGUGGUGGAACCCUACAACGCCACACUCUCUGUCCAUCAGCUGGUCGAGAACACAGAUGAAACCUACUGCAUUGACAAUGAAGCCCUUUAUGACAUCUGCUUCCGUACCCUGAAGUUGACCACCCCAACUUACGGAGACCUGAACCACCUGGUUAGCGCCACCAUGAGUGGAGUCACCACCUGCUUACGUUUCCCAGGCCAGCUGAAUGCCGAUCUUCGCAAACUGGCAGUCAACAUGGUCCCCUUCCCACGUCUCCACUUCUUCAUGCCAGGGUUCGCUCCUCUGACCAGCCGAGGCAGUCAGCAGUACCGUGCACUAACAGUGCCUGAGCUCACUCAGCAGGUGUUCGACGCCAAGAACAUGAUGGCUGCCUGUGACCCACGCCACGGUCGGUACCUAACAGUGGCAGCAGUGUUCCGUGGUCGCAUGUCCAUGAAGGAGGUUGAUGAGCAGAUGCUUAAUGUCCAGAACAAGAACAGCAGCUACUUCGUGGAAUGGAUCCCCAACAACGUCAAAACGGCAGUGUGUGACAUCCCACCACGCGGCCUUAAGAUGGCAGUCACAUUCAUCGGCAACAGCACCGCCAUCCAGGAGCUGUUUAAACGCAUCUCAGAGCAAUUCACUGCCAUGUUCCGUCGUAAGGCUUUCCUCCACUGGUACACGGGAGAGGGCAUGGAUGAAAUGGAGUUCACGGAGGCUGAGAGCAACAUGAAUGACCUUGUGUCCGAGUACCAACAGUACCAAGAUGCUACAGCAGAAGAAGAGGAAGAUUUCAAUGAAGAAGCAGAAGAUGAGGCUUGAGUUUUCUCUACCACAACCUUCACCACCACUACUCCCUAUCCAUCUCCACUUCUUCCUCAUCUUUCCUUCUUAAUUCUCAGGCUGAGAGAAAAAGUCUUUACAGAACAUUUUCAUUUGUUUUAUUCCUUCAUCCUUUUUCAUUAUUUUUAGUGUUUGCUUCCUAUGCUUCUCUAUACCUUCUCUGUAUAUGUUGCUUCAGUUUUGUGGAAAGUCCAUGAACGUAGGCCCUGGUUGGAGCAGGUUACAUCUCAUUGAGGUUUUCAGUUUGGUCUUUGGAGGUGUUAUGCAGCUGGUAGGCCGUAGCAGGCUCCUUAGAUGACCUGCAAAGCUUUAAUCACUUGGGAUCCAUCAAAAGGUGGCCUACUUAAACUCAAAAGCCUUAACCUUUCCCUGUGGCUGAGUGCUGGUCUCUGUAGCAACAGGUUGGUUAAAUGUCUAAUUAUAACCCGAGAUUGUAGGAGAGCCUGGAAACAUCUAAUCCUUACUCUACUUUUCGGAGCCCCGGUCAGUGGUGGCUUCUUUGUCCUUUUUUUUUACAAGUGGUUUCCUGUCUUCUUUCGUUUCCUUAAGUUAUUACUGUGGACACACAUAAAAUGUACCAAUCACUGCCAUCUCCCUAUUUACCAACUAAAUGGGAACCAUGAAAAAAAAUGUCUCCAUUCUAGCUUGGCUUGAUAUAGGUCUCAUUAAACAAAGACUUUGCCUGUCAUUGUUUACAAUAUAACAGCUAGUCCUUGGGAUCUAAAAAUAAUGCACUUACCACUCUUUACAGCACACAGGAUUUUUAAAUAUUGCAGAAUUUGGUUAUGAUAAUGACUUGGGCCUGAAAAUCUACAGCCUGGGAUGGCCGUACUCGGCCUGUGGUUAAUAAGGAAACAAUUGUAUUUCAAAAGAG